GGGCCGGCGGCGGGCGGUGGCCGGCGGGGAGCCGGUUGUUUCUCGUCCCCCUUCCUCAGAGCGAACGCCACGCUUCGUGGCGUCGGAGCCGAUGGCGCGGCCCGCGGGCUCCGGCACGGCGGCCCUGUGAGGCGGUCGGCGUUGCGGGGCGCGGGAAGGAGCGGAGCGGCGGCUGAAGCGUCCGUGAGGCUCGUCCCGGGAGAGGGGAACCCCCGGGGGUAAUUGAAUGGAUCUUCAGAAUCAGUGUUGCUGAAACUGACCAAAAAUGGCAUAUCGAAGAGAUGAAAUGUGGUCUGAAGGGCGAUAUGACUAUGACAGAGUUCCAAGAGAACGUCUCCCUCCAAGGAUUCAUCCUGACGUAACAACAAAAUUUCUGCAUUUUCAGAAAACUGGAAAUCGGAGAAAUUUGCACAGGGAUGAUUACCAUAGAGUAGUAAACAUUGUGCCCAAGAAACCACCACUGCUGGAGAGACCUGGGGAUGGGAAUUACAGUCGGUAUGAUGAUUACGGUCACGCUGAGUACAGAGACUAUGAAGAGGGUCGCAGUUUCUCCCAUGAGCGAAGAAGUGGCCCUCCACACCGAGGUGUACGUAAGGAUGAAUCAGGAUACAGAUGGUCAAGGGACGAUCAUCCGAUAAGUCGGCAGCCUGAGUACAGGGAGGUCAGAGAUGGCUUCAGAAGAAAAAGCUUCUAUCCUUCUCAUUAUAUGCGGGAGCGAUCCCCUCAUAAGAGGGACUCUCCUUUCUUCAGGGAAUCGCCGGGGAGCCGAAGGGAUUCUCCGCACAGCAGAUCUGGCUCUAGUGUCAGCAGCAGGAGCUACUCUCCUGAAAGAAGCAAAGCCUAUCCUUUCCACCAGUCCCAGCAUAGCAGAAGUAUGUCAUCUUUACAUAAAAGAAAUAUUUCUUCUCAGCAAGGUAAAGAGAGGACAUCAGUUCAGUCACUGAAAACAUCAAGAGAUGCAUCACCUUCAGGCUCCACAGCAGUACCCUCAUCAAAGGCCUUGGAUAAGAGCAACAGACUAUCAGAAAAGGAACUUGCAGAAGCUGCAAGCAAGUGGGCAGCUGAAAAGUUAGAGAAGGCUGAUGAAAGCAAUUUACCUGAAAUAACAGAGUAUGAUGCCGGAUCUUCGGCUCCGUUAUACAUCGAACAAACAGAGGAAGCAGAAACAAAUAUAACGGAUAGUACGGAAUUAUAUGAGGAUGGUCCACUUCUUGGCCGCUCAAAAGCAAUUGCAACUAAGACGAAGGAGAUUGAACAGGUCUACAGACAAGACUGUGAAACCUUUGGCAUGGUAGUGAAGAUGCUGAUUGAUAAAGAUCCGUCACUAGAGAAGUCCAUUCAGUUUGCCCUGAGGCAGAAUUUGCAUGAAAUAGGUGAGAGAUGCAUUGAAGAACUCAAAAAUUUCAUUGCUCAGUAUGAUGCUGCCCAUCAAGACCUAUCAGAAUCCUACAAGGAGGGCUCAUACUAAGGACAAGCGUGUGCUUUUAGAUCCUCUGCAUUGCCUAUGCCAUAAUACAUAAAUCUGCUCUGUUUUUUUGUUGCGGGGAAAGAGAAGAUCCUGCUGGAGAUUGGAACCCAAGGCCCGUGCUCCUUUGUAGUAGCUCAGGUGGCCGCAUCUGGCUCACUGUGGUCUCCCCAUUUGUAUUCUUCUACCUGUACUUGUUGGCGUAUAUUCCUUUGAAAGGAUGUUUCUUUUCAAAAAUGCUGUAAAGUGACAAGCUAUUUUUGAAACUUUUCCAUGGUUACCUAGGAAAAAAACGUUCAGGCUGAUGUACGUACACUUAUGUUUCGAUGUUUAUAAGUGUAACUUCAAAUACUUGUAUUUUUUAUUAAAAUAACAAGAAGCAGCUCUUCAUUCCUCAACUUAUGCAGAAAUAUGUCUUGUUUUCAUAUAUGCAAUAGGAAGGGAAGACUUGCAGAAAAUUGUUCGCAAUUUAAAAGAUUUAAAUUAUUUAUUCUAGUUUAAUUGUAAACUUCAGAUUCAUUCUGUAAAAUCCCACUAGGGGUUACCUCUAGUCCCUGACUACCAGAGCAACUCGAAAUGCUGUAUUUUUGCUCAAAAUGUAGGUUCUACAAAUGCCUUCUAAAUUGUGAUGUUUUCCAUAUCAUGAGUCAUUGCUAGUGAGCAGUAUUAUGUGGGAUUAAUUUCAUUUUUUGUUAAUAUUUGCAACUAAAUGAUUCCUUUGUUACGUUUUUAACUAUACCUUAACAGAGUGUAACUGCCGGCAGCCACUGAGCAGGGAAAGGUCCCUUCUCUUACUCUCUGCCUCUCUCCCCUUACCCCUUCCCACCACUUUUCAUCCAUCAGUUUUGAUAAUUAAGAGGCUGCGUGUAACCUUUACAUCCAACAUCAAGAAGGAGCUGGGAUUUUGAGGUGGCAAAGUGGGGCAAGGAAAGCAAGCAGGACUGGAUCUUUAUGAAAUCCAAGUUUCUUUGAAUUAGGUGUAACAUGAAAUUGAGCCCAAAGGCCCCAAAUUCAUCAUUGUUUCCAACCUUGGUGACAUUGCUGCAUAAUGUCAUUUUUGGACCUGACGGAGCGACUCAUAGUUGGGGAACAUAGUGGAGGAGAGCUGAGAAGCUGCCCGUGCUUCAUGAUUGCUUUUCAGAGAUGAAAGAUAUUUAGGACUCGUUGGCGGUAUCCUGACUAUUGGAUUGUGUACAGCUUUAUAUUUAAUUGUGAAUGUUUUUUACGAAUGUUUUAGGAAAGGGAUAAUUUGAGUCAUAACCACAAAGAGGUAAGUAUAGGCAUGAUUGUUUUGUAUACAUUUGCAUUUAGAAACAUGUGAAACUCUGCAAAAGGACUAUUGAGUAAAGCUUGCUGCUUCCAAAGUCCACAGUAUUUUGAAAUGAAAAGGUUGGUGCAUUCAAACCCCUUACCAAGAUUCUGCUUCUUCUCAGAUUCCAUCAGGAUGGUUUGCAGAAAACUAAAUGAAAUAGCCCUCAUUUUGCAUGUACAAGGCACUGUAUGUAUCGCAGCAUCUUACACAUGCAAAUAUGAACUAUGGUAUAUUAAAUAUGUGUUACAUCAGAUUCCUGAAAUGCCUGAUUAGUUCUAAUGUCAGUAGGGUGUGGUUUUGCAGUUGGCUUUUGUUGCUUCCUGAGAGUUCACGUUACUGGAAGGAGAUGACCUCCUGCUUACCUUGUUGGCUCCUGGGAUUGUGUGGGCUGCAGAGGGGGUGGGAAGCAGCUCAGGGAUGCUACAGGAUGCUAAUUUGGAGAGGGAGAGAGGGGGAGAGAGGGAGCCUGUUGUGGCAACCAGCAGCUAGACCUGACCCACCCCUUCUGGCAACAGCCUGUUUCACUGGGAUCAGUCAUGAAACCACGGGCAAAGGCUUCCCUGGGGCGCUACAGCGGUUCCCCACGCGCCCACGGGCCGAGGGCCUUCAGGCUGCCACAUCAGAGUUUCUGCUUCUGGGUUAGAAAUGCUAAUGAAAAUAAUACUGAGAUCAUGCUUAAUAUAUUUUUGAUUAAAAAUGUUCAUUGUAACUGUACAGUUUAUUAGGAAUUCUCCUUUGUUAGAAGACUGAUUAAAUUUGCUAUGAUAAAAGUA